AUGGCCGCGGCGGCGGCCCAGCGCAGCGGGCAGUCGGGGGAGCCGCGCGCGCUCGGCCGGGCGGUGAGGCUGCUGCAGCGCCUGGGAGAGCAAUGCGAGGACCCCCGGCUGAGCCUGAGCCCGCCCUCGCUACGGGACCUGCUGCCCCGCACGGCGCAGUUACUGCGAGAGGUGGCCAAAGCCCGGCGGGCAGCCGGCGGAGGCGGCCCCGCCGGAGACUUCCUCGUCGUCUACCUGGCCAACCUGGAGGCCAAGGGCAGGCAGGUGGCGGCCCUGCUGCCGCCCCGGGGUCGGAAGGGAGCCAACGACGUGCUCUUCCGGGAGGGUUCCAGACUCAGGCGGCAGCUGGCCAAACUGGCCCUCAUCUUCAGCCACAUGCACGCCGAGCUGCACGCGCUGUUCCCUGGGGGCGAGUACCGCGGCCACGAGUACCAGCUCGCCAAGGCCCCGGCCCAGGCCCUGUGGAGGGCGCACUGCGGAGCCCGGUGCGUGCUGCCCUGGGCCGAGUUCGAGUCGCUGCUGGGCACCUGCCACCCCGUGGACCCCGGCCCCACCGCGCUGGCCCUGCGCUCCACCGUCGACCUCACCUGCAGCGGCCACGUGUCCAUCUUCGAGUUUGACAUCUUCACCAGGCUCUUCCAGCCGUGGCCGACCUUGCUCAAGAACUGGCAGCUGCUGGCCGUCAACCACCCGGGCUACAUGGCCUUCCUCACAUACGACGAGGUGCAGAGGCGCCUGCAGGCCUGCAGGGACAAGCCUGGCAGCUACAUCUUCCGGCCGAGCUGCACGCGCCUGGGGCAGUGGGCCAUCGGCUACGUGAGCUCCGACGGCAGCGUCGUGCAGACCAUCCCCCCCAACAAGCCGCUGUUCCGGGUGCUGCUCAAAGGACAGAAGGAAGGCCUCUACCUCUACCCAGACGGGAGAAACCACAACCCUGACCUGAGCGAGCUGUGCCAGACGGAGCCCCACCAGCGCAUCCACGUGUCCCAGGAGCAGCUGCAGCUGUACUGGGCCAUGGACUCCACCUUCGAACUCUGCAAGAUCUGUGCAGAGAGGAACAAGGACGUGCGGAUCGAGCCGUGCGGGCACCUGCUAUGUAGCCACUGCCUGGGCGCCUGGCAGCACUCGGACAGCCGCACCUGCCCCUUCUGCCGCUGUGAGAUCCAGGGCCGAGAAGCCAUCAGCAUCUACCAGCCCUCAGGGGAGCCGGCCGCCCAGGGGGCCCAGGGGGACAGCAGCAGCCCGGAAGACAGCGAGCCGGAGCCAGAGCCGGAGCCAGAGCUGGAGGUGGUGGCCCCCUCCGCCCCGCCACUCCCUCCUCGGCUGGGCCCAUCCCCCAGGAGACCCACAAGUGAAGGCGGGCUGACCGUGGCACCCCCGGCCCUCCCCAGACUGCGGCCCCCGCUCCCCUUGCCAAGGACGACGACUUUGGCCUCAGCCCCGUGGGAAGUCCCCGCCUGCCCCCAGGCUGGGGAAGGGGCCACAGGGUGA